AUGGUCUUCGGCUGGGGCUCCUCGUCGUCCAAGAGCGAAACGGCCGAGCCCGUCGCGCCGUCGCGCGAGCAGCGCGCCAAGUGCUGGAGCACGCGCGACGCCUACUUUGCCUGUUUGGACCAGCACGGCGUCGUGCAGCCCGGCGACGGCGAGCUGGGGGACAAGAAGGGGUUCUGUGCUGCUUUUAGGAAGGAGUAUGAGGGGUCGUGUGGACGGAGCUGGAUCGAGUACUUCAACAAACGCCGCGUGCUAGAAAUCCGCCAGCAAAAGACGCUCGAGGCCGCCGAGAAGCAGCGCCAGGAGGCCGCCAGCAGGCGAUAG